CUCCGUAUCCGUAUCCGUAGCCGUAGCCGUAGCCGUGUCUCCCUCCGUGUCCGUUUGUAUUUAAGUUUAUGUGUGUACCCGUGUCAUAGGCUGUGCCGUGAACCGGGAAAACCAGCUAACGUAAAACAAAAACCAAAAUAAAAAAAAAAACCGAGAACCAACCAAAUUGCAAAAAAUAAAUGUGCGGCGGGUGGCGGCUGGAGCAGGAGCAGACGCAGACGCAGCCGCACCAACAGUCCCGACCAGACAAAAGAAAGAGGACUCGGAAAAAGAAAAGAAAAGCCAGGAGGUCGAAACCGCAAUCGCAAUCGCAUUCGGAAUCGCAAUCGCAAUCGGAAUCGGAAUCGAAGAGGAGCUCCCAUUAGGGAAUCAACGCGAGCAAACCAUCGAACAACCAAAUAAUAGAAUAAGCAAUAGCAUCCUUCUACUUGUGAAGGACACACACAAUACAAUAUAUAUUUAGGACGCUUUAAAGGAUACCUAGAAUAAGGUUUACGAAAUACGAAUACACGUAAUGUGUGUUUCUUUGGGGAAAAUCAACGCUUCAUAAAUUACGAUUUACGAUUUACGAUUUACGAUUUAGUGAAUAGACAAAUUUAAGAACCAACAACCAUCGGGUGUUUUAUAUCCCGCCACACGCCACAGGGAUACAGGGAUACAGGGAUACUGGGCUACUGGGAUACAGGAAUACAGGAAUACAAGGGUAAACGGGGAAGGAGACGACUGCAGAAGGAGGCUCGAGACCCUCCCAACAUCACGGCAAAGUGCGGCCGUAAUGGGUGGUGGCUUUGCGGGGCCACCAAUUACAUUAGCAACCAGCAACCAGAGCCCGGCCUUAGCCAGAGCCAGAGCCAGAAACACCAAGGCCUCACAGCCUCAACCACACCCCAGCCCCAACCCAUAUCCGCGGACAAAAACAGAGACGCAAACAGAGACGCAAACGGAGACGGAGACGGCGACGGAGACCAGGUCCUCAACCAUCGCUCCAAUGCACGAGAAACUCCUGGAGAAGGAGGAGACGCGCAAAGAAAAGACUGAACGGGCAACAAGUCUGCUUGGCGGCAAGGUCAAGGAGAAGCCGCCCAAGGACAAGCCACCCAAGCAAUCGAAAUUCGCCGAGCGGCUGCGACGCUCCUUCCGCCGCGGCGACCAUCGGUCGCUGGAGAUCAAGCGUCAGGAGCCCACGCCGGAAGAGCUACAGGCCAAGAGCCGUGCCACUCCACCGCUGCCGCUGCCACUGCCGCUGUCGUCGGAGAACAACAACCUGGUCGGUGGCAGGCCCCCCUCGGCCUUCGCCCUCAGCCAGCUCCAUCUGCCCGGUGUGGGCCUCGGCGGACACAUCAAUCCCGCUUUGCUGCUGGACAGCCCCGACGAGUGCACGCCCCCGGAGUACGCCUACCGGCACCUGAGCAGCGUCGCCACCACCAACUCGAGCACCUCCCUGGAGAGCAACUGCGAGCUGGGAGAUCUGAGCGGCUCCCAGACGAGCGUCUUCUACUGGGCCUGUGGCCAACAGACGACCACCGCAUCCAUGGGCGGAGAGGUGAGCACGGCCAACGGUGCGGGUGCGAGUGCGAGUGCGGGUGCGGGUGCGGGAGCAGCAACAGGAACAGGAUUGGAUGCACAAGAGCGUAGCAAGCGACGCCUGGAGACACAGAGCAGCAAUCGGAGCGACCAGCAGCCGAUAUCCAUUACAACGACCACAUCCUCGGCACCGGCCAGCGGCAGCCGGAGCUGCAGCCUCACCAGCGAGAGCAGCUCCGUGCGGCUCACACGACUCCAGAACUUCCUGUUCAAGAGCAGCAACGAGAGCUCGAGGAGCUGCCAGGGGCAUUCGAACGAGGGCUUUACCGCCUCCUCGCACAACUCCUCCUCGGGGGAGUGGGAGCAGAUGGGCGCCCACGGGCCGCUGUCCAGCAGCAGCGGUGUGGGCUUCCACGGUGGCUCCUUCCCAGAGGAGAGCACACCCGAUGAGACCGAUGCCACGGACGCGGGCAGCACGCUGCCCGUGGAGAGCGGCGAGGCCGGAGGCGGCUACUACCAGUACACGCUGACCUCCCCGAACAACCCCUUCCUGCCGGAGAUCACAGCCCGCACCUACCACAGCACCUACGAGGAAGAUGGCCUGGAGCCGAUGGAGGAGCUGCAGCUGGACGGGAACGUGACGUCCGUGAAGUACAAUGCCAGUGCCGCUGGCACGCGGUCCGCCCAGCUGCCGACCCCCGCCUACAGUCGCGCCGGGUCCCAGGAGUCGACGCACAGCGAGAGCGGCGUCAGCUGUCCCCCUGGGCCGAGUCCCAGUCCAGCCUCCAGCUCCUCCUCGACGCCCGGACGGCACAGGCGCAAGCUUUUCAGCCUGAAUUCGCCCACUCGUCUGCUGCACCAUGCGCCCGUCGCCCAGUCCCAGCCCCAGGCCCAGCCCCCGCCGUCGGCCUCGCCACCCGCCGGCACCCAGCAGGAGAGCGGCGGCCGGUUCCAUUCUGGCAGUCUGGUGCGGAGUCUCAAUCCCUUCCUGCCCACCGCCUCCUCGCCCAAGCGGGGCUCGCCCCUGAAGCAGUCGGCCGUCACCUCGCCGGGCGCCGUGACCCCGGACCUGGGCACGAAGCGGGAGGAGUUCCUGCGGGCCACCAUGAAGAUUUGCCUGGUCGUCUCGCCGCCCAGCAGCAAGCUGCAGCUGAAAUCGAAAAGCCUCACGCACUUGGAUGGCCUCGACACGGUGGUGGCCUGCCAGCACGGGCCCGGGGGGACUGCAGCAACAACAUCGGUGGUCCAGGCACCUGGGGCAUCUGGGGCACCUGGGGUGUCCUCCGGGCAUCAGCAUCAGCAUCAUCAUCAGGCGGCAGCAACGACACCGACGGCGCUUGGCCGGCAGCCCCAUGCGACGGAAAAGAACGAUCCGGCGAGAGUUUGUCCGCUUUCAGUACUGGCGCCCCAGUCCGUGCCUCACCCACCCACAAUUUACACCCAAGCACCGCAGAUCGUGCGUCGGGCACCGUCGCUGAUGCUCUCACUCUCGCCCACGCUCGACAUAACGACAACGGCCGCGUCCGCCUGCUUUGCCGGCACCGGUCGUCCCACUGUGCACUCGAGUGCCAGCUCCUUGCACCAUCAUCAGCAGCAGCAGCACCAGCAUCAGCAGAACCAAAAGCACCCACAGCAGCCUGCCAUGGCUGCCAUGGCUGCCACGGCGGCCACGAGUAGUUGCACCAGUGCCACCAGUGGCACAGCGACAACUCAUUCGAUACCCUCCUCCUCCUCCUUCAAACACUUUCAGUAUCCUGGCGGCGAGGCGCAGGCUGCGGCGACCUCGUUGAGCCCCUACAGCAGCACGCCUACUUCGGGCCCACCGCUGACUUCUCCGUCAGGCCUGUCGGCGACGACGUCGGCGACUGUCAAAAAGAAAUCCUCAUUUCUGCAGCGCAAGAAACCGCUAUUGACACGCAGCGAGGUAUCCAGUUCCGAGUUCUUUUCCGUGUCGUUUUGCAUGGACUCGUCCCAGCAUCCGGACGAGGAAUUCAUACCGGCCACAAAAGGUGUAACCCUACUUAAUGCCCUCAGCCAUGCCCUGCGGCGGAGAAACCUCACCUUUUCGCAGAUCACGAUAACGGACAAUAAUCCCACGCCCAGUUUUUUAGAUGCAGGUCCCUCGCCCGCAACGAGCUCCGUGGAUGAGCAAACCGACGUGGAGAACCUGGCUGGCCACCAUUUGUGCAUCACGGAACGGGGCUCCAAUCGCAAGCCACUGCAGAAGGCGGCCUCCUUUGGAUCCCGACAACCGCCGCCCCGCCUGCUGCCCUCCGCCUCGACGGAAGAGACCAGCGACGCAGCUGUGGCGGCAGGCAAGCAGAUCAAACAGCGAUGGUCCUCCCUGUUCGGCAUCAAGAACCCCCAGCAGAGCCAGCUGUGUGAGCUCCUCAACAGCUACUCGCGGAGUGGAGUGCCGCAGCGGGCGGAGGGUCUCAGCUUCGAGCAUCCGGACCUCGACAACUCGCUGGCAUACCUGCAGAACAUGCACAAGUCCUGGCGGGACUUCGUCGAGAGCGAGGCCAUGCCCGAGAGCGAGGUCAAGAUCCAGACGGCCAUAUGGGAGCUGGUCACCACCGAAGUGUACUACAUACACGCCCUGCAAACGGUGACGGAUCUUUUCCUAGCUUGUCUGGAGGCCGUGCAGACGGAACGCCUGCUGAUUGAUGUGGACCAGGCGCGUCUGUUCUCCAAUGUGCGGGCCGUCUGCGAGGCGAACAUAAAGUUCUGGACCAUGUGGCUCUAUCCGAUGGUGGCACACAGUGUGAUGACCCACGAGCCCCUGCGAUGCGCCUUCUUCCAGGAGGGAUUCAUUGCAUUCGCCUCAAUCUUUGCGCCAUACAAAAUCUACUGUGCCGAGCAGAGCACUUGCCAGUUCUACUGUAAGGAGCUCAACCAGAACAAUCCCCUGUUCACCUCGUAUCUGGCGUGGUGCGAGUCUCAGAAGAUGUGCAACCGCCUGCGGCUGGCCGACAUUGUGGUGCGGCCAAUGCAGCGCUUGACAAAGUACAGCCUCCUGCUUGCCGCCAUCAAGAAGCACAUGGGGGACGUGGAGGAGAUCGAAGCCAUUGACGUGAUGAUGCACAGCGUCGAGAACUUUGUGGGCAGCGUCAACAAUCACCUAACGAUGCGGCAGGAGAACGAGCGGCUCAAGGGCGUGAUGGUGCGGAUCGAAUCGUACGACGUUGUGGACACCAACAACGAGGGUCUGGACAAGCUCAUCAAGCAGCACAGCCAGAUGUUCGAUCUGUGCGCCCCCAUGCGGGGCUGCCCGGCAUAUCAUGUGCGGCACCUGUUCAUGGAGGGCGACCACAAGUUCAAGGACAACCUGGGCAAGUCCGAUGUGCACUGCUUCCUCCUGACGGACCUGCUGCUCGUCUGCAAGACAAUGGCCAAGCGGGGCUUGGGCGCCCUGAAGGUCAUCCGACAGCCGUACCUAACCGACCAGCUAAUCGUCAACAUGGCUCCCAAUAACACCAUCAACUGUGUCUACCUUAACGAGUUCCAAGUGGCCACCACAGCGUUCACGCUGCAGUGCACCGAGGCCAAAAACUGGUACGACGCGAUGUGGCGGGCCAAGACCAUCUACCAAAGACUGAAGCGCGGCGCCGGCGGCGGCGGCGGCGGUGGCACAGUGGGUGACAGCUUCCGCUUUGGAGGCAGCGGCACAAGCGGCGGCACUGCCGACUCCCUGGGGGUGCGCAAGUCGCCCAUGAACUCCUCCAUCUGCAGCCAUGUAUCCAGUGCGAACAACAGCCACAGCGGCAGCGUCGAGUGGAACGAUUCGCGCAACAUAUCCGUAGACUUUGAGAAGACAAACUCCGUGUCGAGCGACGAGGGCUCCGGCAUGAUGACGGGCAACCAUGGAAUGGCCGGGAAGGGAAAGCAGCAACUGAUUAGCGGUCUGCACAAGGCAAAGAUAGGGAUGAUUGGGGCCAUUGGCUCCAAGUCGGCGAAUACCCUGACUGUGCAGCCAUUGAACCACCUGGGGCAGAGUCUGCCCAACCUGAACAUGCACCACAGUCACACUAACAAUACCCUGCUCGUGCCGGGCACGACCACUAGCCACUCGGGCAACAUGUUGUUGUCGCCCAGCCAUCGUGGCAUUUCCUAUCCGCCGCCGAGCCCAACGAGAGUGCCGCUGCGCCGUGGCAUGGCCUUCUCGACCUCCACCAAGAAUCCGCCACUGCGGAAGACGCGCAACGUCACCUCCCAGAACAGUAUUAACUGGCACCAGAUACCGGCCACACCGACGCCCACGCCGCCCAGUCCCCGGUCGCAGCACACCACCACCCCGGCCAGCAUUGCCCUGCAGAAGUCGCUGCCUGUGCUGGACCCAUCGUUGCCACCGUUGCUCCACAAGCAGCUCUCCCACCAGGCACCCCUGACGACGUCCAGCACCGAGACGGACGUAUGAUGUGGAGCCAAUGCCCACCUCCGGCGACCGGCGACCGGCAAGCUGUAAUCUUAAGAUAGAUUGCAUCUUACUUGGAGCUGAUCUGACCUAGAUGCAUGCAACGAUAGAAACUAUAUAGAGCGUGUACUUACCUUACCUUACGAUUAACCUGUCACAAAUUAGCAAUAGCACACAGAGAGCACUUUUCUAUUAGGAACUUGUAUUGUGAGAAACGGCACUUUUGGGUCCAAAGCUGAUAUUUAAAUAAUGUACAUUCCAAAACUACUACUACUACUACUACCACCACUACUGCUCCCCGCGCCAGACCACCUAGCCUUUCAAGCUUCGACAUUCAAAACACUGAACACUGAAACACUCAGCCAUAUUACGAGUAUUCUUCCCAUAACGAUAUAAAGACAAAUAAAGUUUAAUCAACGGA